GGAGCAGCGCGUCCUCUGCUUAUGUGCAGAUGUGUGUAAUGUUAGCGGAAGGUACGAGGCGGGCUCGUCCCACAGAGCCAAGUGUUGGGGGCCAACGUCCACGGCAGCACGGUUUUUAUCUUUGCACGCUUUUUUUAACACAUCACCAUUAGCCGGAGCACAGACGCGUUUCACCUGGGGGCCCAGGCAGACGAAUUCGCCCGCAGAUACCGCGGAAAUUGCUGUCUUACGUCUUCUUUUUUUUUUCCCAUCCCGCAUAUGUUCACAAUGCAGGGUAGCUUUGUUUUCCUGCUGCUUGCAGCUUUCACAUUCACGGGGGGACUUGUGCGAGGCGACGACGAUGCAGCCGAGGAGUUGCAGGUGGAGAUCUUGAUGAAACCCGAAACUUGUUCAGUCCUCUCCACAAUGGGGGACACGUUGCAGAUCCACUACACGAGUAAAUUAAUGGACGGGAAGGUCAUUGACUCCUCGCUGUCUCGGGACCCUCUAGUUGUCGAGUUGGGGAAGAGGACUGUCAUUUCUGGUUUAGAACAAAGCUUGAUCGGCGUGUGCGAAGGGCAAAAGAUUAAAGCUACAAUUCCAUCUCACCUCGCCUAUGGGAAGAAAGGUUACCCACCAACGAUUCCAGGUGACGCUGCCCUUGAGUUUGAGGUGGAAGUAAUCUCGUUGACACAGCAGACGCCUUGGCAGAAGAUGGUGAACGACGUGUUCCCCCUUGUGUGUUUGGCGCUGGUGCCCACUCUCCUUGGCUUGGUGGGACUUUACCUCUACAACAAGGCCAAAGACCCCAAACCCAGCAAAAAGAAGGCAAAGGACAAGAAAAGCAAGAAGAAAUAAAGAACUAUUUAAAUAAAAAUAAAAAAAAGUGUUUCCUUUGUGUUGAUUUUAUAAAAUGGGUGUUGAUUGUACAGUAAGCAGCUUUGGUGGAACGGAUGUUUACACUGCCUGUAUGUUGCAUCUCUGACAGAUUUUCAGCUUCUGUGAGCUUGAAUACAUUACAACACAUCCAAAUUUCAACAAACAAAGAUGACACAUCUUUCAAUCCAUUGUUAUUUUAUUGGACUGCAUGGUUGAGUAUCCGUCUAAUCGGUUGAUGAUUUCUGCUAAAAAAAAAUUACAAUUAGGCCUUUCUUUUGAAAUUGUGUUUAAACGAUCCCUUUGACACCACCACAUUCUGAGACUUAUGUCAGUGAAUCUGUUAUCAAAUGGGAGAAUUAAAUCUUUGUUCUCAUGAAA